CAGAGACAGGGACAGAGUUCGUCUUCAGCCGUGAGAUUCAUCCGUUCAUCAUCCAUCAGUCCAGAUGAGUGAACAGCCUCCUCCGUACCGUCCUCAUUUCCCUGAGGGACCCUCGGGCCCCGGCUACCCCCCAGCUCUCAGCUCUCAGCCUGCCGCUUUCCCUGGCUCAUCAUACCAGACCUUCCCUCAGACCUACGCAGGUGGAGGAGACCACUCUUACUACCACGGGUCCCCAGGGCCAUCUGUACCACCAGGACCGAUGGGGCCCCCGAGCGCUUACAUGACUCAACCUGGGUACCAGGGAUACCAGAGCGGGCCCCCUGGGGCCCCCUGCCACUGGGAUAGCUCGAGGCCGUACGGAGAGCCACCUAAACACACAGUGUUCGUGGUGGAGCAGCAGGAUCAGGGUGGUGGAGCUGAGGAGUCGUGUCUCGCAGCCUGUUCAGCCGCUCUGUGCUGCUGCUGCCUCUGGGACAUGAUGACCUCUCACUUCUGCUGACCUUUCAACUCUGACCUUCAUGAAUCUCCCAUCAUGCAGCAGGGGCGUCGUGAGGACACCAGCACUGGGAAACUAGGAUGAUUUAAAUCAUGGUUCAUGUAACAAUAGAACUGAUCUGAGUCUGUUGGUGCCCCCUGGUGGCCACUCGUACUACUGCAACAUAAAAUCUGUGGUUCAAAAGGCAUUUUCCUGGCAGCCCCCGCUGCGAGAGCGGCGUCUGUAAAACUCCUCUGACAGCAGAUAACACGCAUUC